AUGAACGGCAAUGGAGGAGGCACCGAGUUUCUCUCCAUCCAAAGCCCACCCGGCGAUGCAGUCAAGGACUACGACAACACCAUAACACACGACAAGCAGACCAUCAGCGUCCCCCAGGUCUUCCUGGACGCAAUGUCCGUUCGCGAGGAGGUAUACGGCGAACAAGGCGUUCCACUCGAGGCAGAAUUUGACGAGGAUGACUCACGAAGCUGGCACUGGGUCGUCUACGCAUCAGUCGCCUCUUCCUCAACGCCGCCUGCAAACCUGACGGCCGCAGCCACAGGGACUCCCGCAGAAGAGGAGCGCCGCGCUUCAGCGACAGCCCAACGCCUCGCCGUUGGCACAAUACGUCUGGUCCCGCCUCCGCAUGGCCCGAACAAAUACAAGACAGAACUGUCCGAGGGGGACAAAUCUCAUCCCGAUACCGAUCCCCCUGCCAGUGUGGCUCAUGAGCAUCCCGCCGAACCUUACAUAAAACUCGGUCGACUAGCCAUCCUCAGGCCCUACCGUAAGAUGGGCCUCUCGCAGCUACUAAUCAAUGCUGCCCUCACCUACGCUGCUAAGAAUGCCGACACCAUUCAACCGCCACCGUCGCCGACCACAAUGGAGCUUGCGAGCCAGAUGGGCGAGGCUGUGGAGAAGGCUGUCAUAUGGAAUGGACUUGCUAUGAUACACGCGCAAGUGGGUGUGAAGUCGAUGUGGGAGAAGCAUGGCUUCACGGAGGAACUGGUGGACGAGGACGGAAAAGUCGAGAUCGCAAAGGAGGAGCACUGGGUCGAGGAGGGAAUCGAGCAUUUGGGCAUGUGGAAGAGGUUGAAGUUGGACCACGGGAGGUUGUAA